AUGUUUCCGCAAUCCCUGACACCAAUAUUUAGGGGUACACUUACAAAAUUUGUUUGUAGGAGGGCCCUUAGUGCCAGCUCUGUGACUUUUAAUGCAGAUAAGGGCAAUUUACUUGGUUCGCUUACAAAAGACUUUGAUAUAUCCAAGCAUAAUGAUCCAUCUAGCAUAUCCAGCAAGUUUGAGAUGGCUGCAGGAAGUCAGGCUAAGCCCGAAGAGAAUAAAGCUACAGCAAUCGAGGAGGUUACAGUUGAAGGAGAUCAUGAGUUACAGAAGUAUAUAGAAAGUGCGCAAGAGCCUCCUGCUUUAGCAGUUGAGUCGCUACUAUCUCCGCUAAAGAGAAGGAUAUACGAGGCUAACUGUAAAGCCAAUGGUGGCUUUUACAAGAUGUCUACGGUUGUUCAAUUGCCAGAUUCUAAAGUAAAAUAUGUUUUGAAGCUAACACGUGAUGAAAUUGCUGUUUUGGAACCAAGUGUCUACCUCAAGUCGUUUAGGUUGAAAUCUUCUUUUAAGAAGGCUACCGAUCUUCUUAGAUUAGUUGGUGGCAUGGAUCUUAAGAAGGCUAUUACGCAAUGUCAUUUCUCAGACAAAAAAAUUGCACGAGACGUUGCUGUACUACUAGAUCAAGGUGUCGAAGAUGCUAGGAAGUUGGGCCUUGAUCCUGAUGAUCUAUAUAUUGCGCAAGCUUGGACAGGAAGCGAUGGUAAAUGGAGCAAAGGCGUAGAUAUAAAAGGUAGAGGAAGGACGGGUAUCAUAGCUCGUCCUUAUGUUCACGUCAGGUUUGUUCUAAGAACCAAGAGUAUUACAUUGAGGAGAUUGCAAUACGAAAAGCGUUUAAAGCAGAAACAAAAAGCGCCAUGGAUCCAGCUAAGAGAUAAACCAAUCAGAGGUGUCAUGGGAGGCGCCUACAAGUGGUAA